AGUGCUGACGUUGGCAGCCGAACCCAAAGUAGAUCGAGGCGGCGGGCUGCGCAUUCCCGUUGUUGCGUUGCGUUUCCUUCCUCUUUCACUCCGCGCUCCCGGCGGCGGCGACGGUGACGGCGGCGCGAGAACGACCCGGCGGCCAGUUCUCUUCCUCCUGCGCACCCGCCCCGCUCGGUCAGUCAGUCGGCGGCCGGCGCCCGGCGCCCGGCUUGUGCUCAGCCCCCGCGCUUGCCGCGCCCAGGCCCAGCGGCCGUAGCUAGCGUCUGGCCUGAGAACCUCGGCGCUCCGGCGGCGCGGGCACCACGAGCCGAGCCUCGCAGCGGUUCCAGAGGAGGCAGGAGAGUGAGCGAGUCCGAGGGGUGGCCGGGGCAGGUGGUGGCGCCGCGAAGAUGGUCGCCAAGCAGAGGAUCCGCAUGGCCAACGAGAAGCACAGCAAGAACAUCACCCAGCGCGGCAACGUCGCCAAGACCUCGAGAAAUGCCCCCGAAGAGAAGGCGUCUGUAGGACCCUGGUUAUUGGCUCUCUUCAUUUUUGUUGUCUGUGGUUCUGCAAUUUUCCAGAUUAUUCAAAGUAUCAGGAUGGGCAUGUGAAGUGACUGACCUUAAGAUGUUUCCAUUCUCCUGUGAAUUUUAACUUGAACUCAUUCCUGAUGUUUGAUACCCUGGUUGAAAACAAUUCAGUAAAGCAUCCUGCCUCAGAAUGACUUUCCUAUCAUGCUUCAUGUGUCAUUCCAAGGUUUCUUCAUGAGUCAUUCCAAGUUUUCUAGUCCAUACCACAGUGCCUUGCAAAAAACACCACAUGAAUAAAGCAAUAAAAUUUGAUUGUUAAGAUGCAGUAGUGGACCCUACUUAUUCAGUCAAUUAAGAGUAAGUUUUUUUAUGUGGUUAUUAAAACAGUAUGAAAAAUUAGUCUAACUCUGCAUAGACAGGAUCUAGAUUUUGUUAACCCUAAUGUAUAAAUGCAGUUAGCUUAAAUUCCAAUUUGAAAUCUUGUGGUUUUUAUAUAGCUAGGCACUUUAUUACUCUUUUGAACUGAAAGCACACUCCCUUAUAGGUUCAUGUAACUGUCCUGUAGUAAGGUGCUUAUAAAUGGAACAACUACACAGCCUAGUUUUGCCACAGCCUUUAGCAUCUAAAAAUUUUUAAAAGCUUCUAAAUGUCUAAUAUAAAGGGAGAUGUUUAUAGCCACAACAUCUGUUUUACCAAUAUUGUUUCCAUUACACUACCUUGGAUUUUGCAUGAGUGAGUAUAGUAACCGAAGAUGCCAUAAAAAAAACUUGAUCAUUUUCUGACUUAAUCAGUUACUGUGGUUUCACUAAAAGCUACCGUGGUGGAGUGAAGUCAAUCAGGGAAGGUUUGUUUAUGUUACAUUGAUUCCACCAGAACUAUUUUAAUAUAUCAAAGGGGUUUACAAUGCCAAACAAAAUUCUAGGGAAAAAUACUGCUAAAAAUGGAUGCCUCAUCAGAACAUGCUGUUGAGUCCAAUGUGCCAUAAGACAUUUUAGCAUGUUAAAUAGCACUUUUAAUAACAAAAAAAGGCACAUCAACUACAAAGUUAUCCUUAGUUUGGAAAUGCUUUUUCUAGAUUAAUGAUUUUUCAAUCAUUAGGUAGUACCUAAUCAUUAGGGUACUAGACACAUCAGCCUAAAGUGGCAUCUGGAAUUGAAUGGAUUUACUGAUGAUGAUCAGUCUUUCGUCUUCCCUUUGUUAUAUGACUUUGUAGGUUAUGAUUGAUCAAAUUUACGUUUUACUAAUGGUGAGGGUGAGGAUCAUAGGGCAGGUUUUGGGUUUUCUAGUACUGUUGAAAACUGCAAGUAUUGGCUAUUUGUAUACUUAGCCAUAACUUGGUGAAAAAAAAACCUGAGCAGUGUCUAUGUAUUAAUGCGUUGGAAAGAAAGCUGCUUGUGUUUGCUUUGUUAAUUGCCUCAGGAUAUUUCUUUUAAAAUAAGCUGUUUUAAGAGGAACAGAAGGGAAAUCUGCUACCUAGUCUAUACACAGUGUGAACCUCAUAGGGGGCUUCUGGUACCCUCAAACAAGGAGAACAGUAAGGGAGCGGAGUGGUUAAGGACUUUCAGGAACUUAACUGUUCUGGCGUAAGAAAUGAAUCAACUGACCUUGGGCCAGCAGGUUUUUAACUAAAUUGUUACUUGCCUUUCUCACCCAGUUAAUCUCUGUACUUGUUUCCCUUUUUGAAACAAGUGUCUUGGUUAACUAAUUCUGUUUUAUGGUUGCGCUAAAUUCAUAGCAGGUGCCUUAUUCUUUGCUUUGAGUCAAACCAUUCCAUAUCAGAAUUUUCCUUGGUUUACUAUAGAUAUUUGGCUUUAAGUUGUUGUUUGUGUUUUUUAAUGUAUAAUGUUCUGAUAAAUUUGACUGUUAAAUUGCUAUAGCUAGCAAUCAUUUUACAUAUGUAAAAUUGCAUUCCCUUUGUAUUUCAUGUGUAAUUUACCAGUUAAGUGCAUUUUAUAUUCAGGUUGGAUUAUGCAUGUUUAGGUAAAUGAAAGCUGUGUCUUAUUUGACUUAUUCUUUAAAAAUAAAGUUCCCUGAAUAUUUGA